AUGUUGGAUCGGUCACGUCUCGUGCUCUGCAUCUUCAUGUUCUCCAUGUUUGCAUUCAACCCACUUGGUUUGUUUCUCGGUGGUUUCAUGUCUUUCUUCAUGUCGGCUCCAGACCAGCACAGUGUCUCAACUGGAAGGGUGCUUCAGUCUGAGGCAGAAUCUGACAUGGUGGAUGUUCAGUACUGGUUUCAAUCCAUUCUUCCCUCAUUCGUUGUAUGGUCCAUGAACUGUUUGGUUGGCGUUGUCAUCAUCAUGAAGUUGUUUGUGUUCGGAGAGCCCCUCACUAAGCCCAUGUCGCCAUCAUCAGUUCUGUAUUGGAGGAAGCGAAAUCAAGCUGAAAUUGAACUGCUCAGGAAGUCGUACAUUGAAGCGUCCUCACUGUUGAGUGGAUGUUUGAUGGCUCUUGGUCGACCACUGCCUACUACAAAAUUUGACGUCUUUGCAAGUCUCGUGUGGAACCUCAUCAGACAACUUCUGCACAGGAUUCACCUGGGCUUGUGGCUUGAAAUGAUUUCAGGCAAGCUGUGCAAGGGGGUCAGCAGGAAAGACAUACAGUCGUCUGCAAGGGACGCCACUGUGGUGUACCACAAGUUACUGCAACUGCAUCUCACUGACCAUGUCAGCCAGGGAACGUACGCUGGCAUUAACUUGGCUUUAUGCACCAUCAACUUGGCUGAGGUUUCUGGUGAGGCUCUGCCAAAGGGGAUGCUUGCAGAGAUCUACACUUUGAUAGCCAUGUCCAUAAGGAUCAUGCUUCCCACUCAUUUUCAUUUUCUGGCUCGUUACUUCCUGACAAUGGCUCGAUCAAUUUGCUUCACAAGUUGCAACGUCAUCCCUGCUUCCCUAUCUUGGCUCAAUAAUCCGCUGGGGCACCGAUAUUUUGUCGAUGCCACAUGGAACAUGCAGAUGGAUAAGUCCAUCUUCACCAGCUGUCUAAAUCAGGUUGACCCACUGGCUCACAUCUUACAAAACUUCAGAGAGAACUUAUUGGAGAAGGCCGUGCUGGCACUUGUGACUCCUGGCUACAAGAAGAAAUACAACCAUUUGAAUAAAUACGAAAAUGAUUGGUCGGUUCUUUGUUUCUUAACAACGUGCUCUGCUGUAACUGAACUGAUUAAUUGUAACUUUUUAAAUGCAGGGUCAGCCACCACUCUCCCGACACGGGCUGAUGACUUGUCGAAGUGGUGGUCGUCGUUGCUGGCAGUGGCAGCUCACUGGCUGAAUGAAGAGGAGCAGUAUGCUGAAAGAUUCUAUUCUGUCGUCGAUACUUUGCCAAAGUUUCUUCAAAAGUCGAGUGACCCGCUUGUGAGGAGUGUUUACAUGGCGUUCCGAGCUCGCAGGUACAGUCUGAUGGAUGCUGAUGAGAGUGGCAGUGGAAGUAAUAUUAACAACGUACAUGUGGAAACAUGUAAACAGCUUUGCAACAAAGCCAGCAAUCUCUUGAAAGAAAGCAUCGAGUUGCAUACAAUGCAGAGUAACAACAAAAUUAUUCAGGCGUUCCAGUUAUUGACAUGUGACUGGUUGUUGGUCACUCGCACCGAAAUGUGGCAGUGUGGAAGGAGUGAGCGAUCGAGUGAUGAAGAGAAUGUUGUUAACACAACAACAGCAGCUAACAAUAACGGCAACAUCCACGUUUACACCUCGGAUUUGUUUGACUUUCAGAGCGAUCUGGCAAGUUUGAGAAAGUUGGCUGGUCACCUUAAGGCCGCCAUGCCUAAGGUGUUUGCCCACGAGGCAACUGCUCGGUUGAUGGCAGGAGCGAGUCCAUCCAGAACUCUCCAAUUGUUUGGCAGGGACCUCAGGAAAAGAAAUAAUACCCAAAAAUGUUUCUCAAAGAACAAUCAAUUAGUUGGAUGCAGCCCCAGUGAAGCUGAAAAGAACGAAGAUGAUGACAAGAAAACAUCAAAGAAAAUGAUGAUGUUGCUGAAACAUAGAGAAUUACUUAAGUCAAACGAAAAAGAUGUUGUCCACAACAAAUUAUCCAUAAAACAACAUAUCCACAAUAAUUUUUCAGCAAGGAUAACCCAGCCAACCAGAAGGAAGUGAAUGCAUGAAGUUUAUUCACAGCCAUUGAACAAAAACUGUAUUUUAUUUUAUAUUUUUAUAAGAUAAUUUUUGUGAAGAUGAAUGAAAUAAAAUAAUAGAUAAAUAAAUUAAUUGGCAUUUUGCGAUGGUAAUGAUCUAAGCUAAUAACUAAAUAUUUUUUUUGUUUUAUUAGUAUAGUAAUUAUUGGAGUUGUUAUUAUUGAUUUUUUGAGUAACUUUCUAUUUCAGACUUGUUUUGUUUCACAUUGUGAAUAGGAUUUUCAUCGAUAUAUCUUUAAAAUUUGUGACAAUUGUUUUAAAUGUUAGUUAAUUGAUAACUAGACGGUUUUUAUUUUAUAGUUCUGUAUAGUUUGUUUCUAAAUUACGUUUGCCGUUUUUGGAAUUUUACAAUUUAGACGCCGUACAAAUAAAUGUAGUUCUAAAUAGAUA